AUGUGGAGUUCCUCCUUUUCGCCUGCAAUGCUUUGGGCCCUCAUCUUGGCUGUCAUCUUCCUGUCACCGGCUUCCAGGAGCUCUCUCUCCCAGGCGACCUCGGAUGAAGCUUUCCCGGCCUAUCAUUGCGACCGCCACCACCACCGCUUCCUCCACCACGGUCACCACCGCCGCCUCGACCAGUACUAUCGUGAUCGGGCUGUGCAUGGGCUACCUUCCUGGUGCCGCCGACGUCGGCCAGGCCAGCUUCAGCCUCCUCCGCAGCCGCCGGUCAGGAAUGAGAUCGAUCCAAGAUACGGCGUCGAGAAGCGGCUCGUACCGACCGGGCCGAAUCCUCUCCACAACUGA